CCGCGGUCUGGCGCUGCGCCGAGCGAGCCAUGCUGGUCGCCGCGCCCCCGCGGGCUCGCCGCGCCGCCGCGGCGGGGGCGGCGCGAGUGCCCAGCAGCCCUGCCUACGUCGACCUGACGAGCCUGCACUUCCAGCCGCGCGCCGCCGCGCCGAGGCAGCGCGCGCCCCGCGCGGUGUCGCCGCGGGCCGACGAACACCUGGACAGCUGCUGCGGUGCCUCGCGGAGCCCCGCGUGGUCGGUGGGGUUGUCGCAGGCCUCCGAUCUGUUCUGGUCGGACUUCGUCGUGGCCCUGGCUUCGUAUGACUCUGCGGAGCCGCGCUGUGAAGGGCUUCACCACGGUGGUCGUGCGCAAUCUCCCCGAGAGCCUCUCGCGCGACAUGCUCACGAAGCUGCUGGACGCGGCUGGCUACGCCGGCAAGUACGAUCCCAGAGGCAUACGCCAUUGCCGACCUUCCGCUGCUUCGCCUUCGUGAACUUUGUGUCCCCAGCCCACGCCGCGGGCUUCGCCCAGGCCUUCCGGGGUUUCUCGGAGUGGGAGGUGCCCUGGGACAGGGAGGCCGAGGUCGCCUGGAGCUCGCUGCAGGGCCUGGAGCAGCAGGUGGAGCGCUACAGGAACAGCCCCGUGAUGCAUGACUCCUUCCCGGACGAGUGGAAGCCCCUCCUGCUCAGAGGCGGGGCCUGGCAGCGCUUCCCGCCGCCGACCCGGCGGCUGCGCCACGUCCGGCUGCGGCAGCGCCGGAGCGUGGACCUGCGUCAUCUGAAGAACUAA